AUGUCAGGAGAGCAGAGGCAGUGGCUUAUCCUCACCCUGAGCAUGUUGCUCCUCGUGACCCUGUUGCCCCCCUGUGACGCACGUCGCGGAGGUGGAUUCGGCCGAGGUGGAGGCGGUGGAAGCUUCGGUCGGGGCAGACCAGGGGGCUACAGACCGGUGCAGAGCGCAGGUCCCAGCGCGGGUAAAGUAGCUGGAGCUGCGGCCGCGGGAGCAAUCGGUGGAGCGAUGCUUGGAUCCGCGCUCAGUCGACCAGGAUAUGGAUACGGUUACGGAGGUUAUGGUGGAUACGGGGGGUACGGGGGUGGCUAUGGGGGUUUUGGGGGUGCCCCACGAGGAGGAUACGGAAGAGGGUAUGAGCAAGAAGGAUCCGGAGACAUGGGUUACUACUAUGACGCAGCAUCCAGUGGACCAAUCUACAACAGCAUCAUCGUUGUGAUAGGCUCGCUGUUUGCCUUGCUCAUGGGCACCUGGGCAGCAAUCCUGUAG